AUGACGAAGGAAUACAAAUGUAUUAAGGAAAAGUUAAUCAUGUAUUUUGUUAUAGUGAAUCGACUUAUCAAGUGUUUCAAUUUUGUGGAUAUCCAACAUGUUUAUAGACUUGAAAAUCAAGAGGCAAAUGAAUUGGCACAAGUUUCCUAUGGGUAUAGAGUGUCUAAAGAGAAACUAAAUGACUUGAUUGAAGUUCGAGGGAAAGUGAAGGCGACAAGACUGCCCCUAUCGGAUCUGGAAAUGAUUAAGUUAGGGUCAGUAGAUCCAGAGAACUUUGAGAUCCUGGCUAUUGAAAAUUUGGUUGAAAUUGAUUGGAGAAAGCCAAUAGUCAGUUACUUAGAAAAUCCAGUUAGUUCAAUAGAUCGAAAAGUUAAAUAUAGAUCUCAUAGCUACAUGGUCAUAAGAAAUAAAUUGGUUAAGAAAAUGCCUGAAGGGGUUUUACUUAAAUUUCUUGAUGAAAGUGAGACAUAUUUGACUGUGUCUAAUGUUCAUAGUGGAGCAUGUGGUGCUCAUCGGUAG